GGGGAAAAAAAAGGGAAAAGCAAACUGAUACACACCUCUCAAUUCUGGCAGCAGGAAAAGAAUAGGAGUGUUUAUGAAGCUUAUAAGUAAACAGCAGGAUAACCAGGCGCACCGAAAGCCCAGGCUGCUUGCCCUGGUUAAGAAAAAAACCCGACAGCGGGCACCGAUUCGCAGCGCCGGAGAUUGUCCCGUUGCGUGCAGGAUUUAAGUUUUUUUCAUGCCAUCUAAAGGUGGAUCAUUAUCUUAAUCCGAGAUAACAAGCGAAUUUGAAAUGCGUAGCCUGCGAUGCUAUUUUUGGGAAGCCCUAAAAGCCGACGUUUGAACUCUCGCUAAACAUCCAGUCGAGAUAUAAAACACCAACAAAAUAACUUCUUGUGGACUGAAGCCGUAAACCUGAAAUCCAGAGAGGAGAGAGCACUCGCAGCUUGGACAGGAUGGCGCUGGUCGACAAACACAAAGUCAAACGGCAGCGGCUGGAUAGGAUCUGUGAAGGUAUCCGGCCCCAGAUUAUGAAUGGGCCUAUGCACCCGCGCCCCCUGGUGGCGCUGCUGGAUGGGCGCGACUGCACCGUGGAGAUGCCCAUCCUUAAAGACCUGGCCACUGUGGCUUUCUGUGACGCCCAGUCCACGCAGGAGAUACAUGAAAAGGUGCUGAACGAGGCCGUGGGGGCCAUGAUGUACCACACCAUCACCCUGACCAGAGAGGACCUGGAGAAGUUCAAGGCGCUGCGCAUCAUCAUACGCAUCGGCAGCGGCUACGACAACAUCGACAUCAAGGCUGCCGGGGAGCUCGGCAUCGCAGUGUGUAACAUUCCUUCAGCGGCUGUAGAAGAAACGGCAGACUCCACGCUUUGUCACAUCCUUAACCUGUACCGGCGAAACACCUGGUUGUACCAGGCUCUCCGGGAGGGCACGCGGGUCCAGAGUGUGGAGCAGAUCCGGGAGGUGGCAUCGGGGGCAGCCAGGAUCCGGGGCGAGACACUCGGUCUAAUCGGAUUUGGGCGCACAGGCCAGGCGGUGGCCAUGCGGGCCAAGGCGUUUGGCUUCAACGUCAUCUUCUACGACCCUUACCUGCAGGACGGCUUGGAGCGCUCACUCGGAGUCCAGCGGGUCUACACGCUGCAGGAUCUGCUGUACCAGAGCGACUGCGUGUCCCUGCACUGCAACCUGAAUGAACACAACCACCACCUCAUCAACGACUUCACCAUCAAACAGAUGCGCCAAGGAGCUUUCCUGGUCAACACGGCACGGGGAGGCCUUGUGGACGAGAAAGCUCUGGCUCAGGCCCUCAAAGAAGGCAGGAUACGCGGCGCCGCGAUGGACGUCCACGAGUCUGAGCCUUUCAGUUUUUCCCAGGGCCCUCUCAAAGACGCCCCCAACUUGAUCUGCACGCCCCACACCGCCUGGUACAGUGAGCAGGCGUCGCUGGAGAUGAGAGAGGCCGCCGCCACGGAAAUCCGCAGAGCAAUCACCGGUCGUAUUCCCGACAGCCUGCGAAACUGCGUCAAUAAGGAGUUCUUCGUGACCACGGCGCCCUGGGGGAUGAUGGAGCAGCAGCAGCCCCAGGUUCACCCAGAGAUCAACGGCGCUGCCUACAGCCGAGUGAACCAAACCAUGGUACAGGCCAUAGCAACGGGGGGAAUGCAGGACAAAUUAUAUACCUAAUUCUCUACCAGUGACUGCAUCCACCGCCCUCCACCCUGCUUCCCCAGCUACCCCUCCACCUCCCGCCCCUCAGCAGGAACCAAAGCACAACUCAUGUUUUCAUCUAAUGCUGGAGGCGUUGAAAGAGGAGAGAGAAACAAGAUAUGGGCUACGGACAGUUAGCUCGAAGUGUUAUUUACGUUUCUCGCAUUUUGUUCUGUUUACAAACUUCAAUGUUGUCAUCAGGAUGGUUUCUUUUGACUUUGUGUGACAGAAAAGCGGUGCAUGAUUGGAAAGUGGAGGUAACCCCCCCAAAAACCUUAAGGGUGUAAAUAUUUUCAGCCACACUUCUAACUGCUCAUUCUACAUAAACUGCUACACAAACUAACAUGCAAAUAAAAUCAAUAAAAUGCAAGACAAUUAUGCAAUAAAAACAUAAGAAUUAAAUAAACAAUACAAUAAGAUGAUAAUUAUUGGGCCUCAUGAGCUUUGUACAUCAAUUCUUUUUUUUUUUUUUUUUUUUGUCUAAUGUAAAAUAGCUCCAGAUUAAUUUGUUUAAUUCAAUUAAAUUUAUUUUAAUACCUGGAAAAGUUUGAAUUAGAUUACAGAAUAACUUUGUUGUAAGAGUUGUACAUUACACACAGGUGUUUACUGAUUAAGAUUUCAUGGAGGGGUAUCAGAGUUAAAGGGGGCACAUCAUUUUUCUCCACUUCACAAAUGUGUUCUACUACGUCACGUUUUUAGUUGAGACAAAUGUGAAAAGGUUCGAAAAGAUGAACAAAACUAUGCAUUUUGUAGUGAAGUUGAUAUGAUCCCAAAUGGCAAAAAUACAUUUUAAUAUUUGUUUUUUCACCCUUUUUACACAUUGUCGUGAAUACUUCAAUGUUUUUAAGACUCCGAUUGCCUUUACGUGCCUCUUUUUUUAUGCGCGACGUUUUAUGUUAGACCAAGUGUUGUUUCCUGAUAUGAUAAAAAAUGUCUGAAAAUGUGAAGCAUUUUGAAAUACAGUAAACGAGCCUGUGACUUAAUUGUAUUCUUGCUGUGUUAAUCCAAUAGAGUGGAUGUUAAAAGUUUAAGGUUGAUUUUUUUUGUGCUUUAGAAAUAAUCAGUUUAACCUCAAAAUUUCAAAAUCUCAACAUAAUGACCUUUUAAAUACAUCCCUAAAUGUAAUUAAGACCCCCUUAAAUCUUCCUUUGUUGAUUUUAUUAACAUCACAUUUAUCCCCAAAUCAUUUAAAAUAGAAUAGAAUGGGGAAAUGUAGGUUUAUGUAGAUUUUACUAAAAAAAGAUGACAGAUAGCACAGGGCUUGAUUUUUUUUCUUUUUUGUUUAUGCUUUAUUAAAACAGUUUAAUUUUGUUUGAAAUUUGCGUUUGGUUCAAAAUCCCUUUCAGACAUCCUUCGUUGAAACAGACAACGGCCAUUACUGGGAACGUUUCGGAUUGUUUUUCUCGUCGCCACAAAAGUUCCGGUGUGUACGUUUCCAGUGGUGUUUGUUCACUCCGUGUGUCCACUUUCAGAUUUCCUCCUGGAGUGAUGGGCGUCGCACCCGGCGGGAUAAUCGGACCUAUGGAGGGAUUGGUGCCUGGGGGCCUGCCCAUCGCCCACACGCUCCCCCCGGGCACCCAUCCGUCACAGGCUGCCUCCCCGCAUCAACCCUCCAAACACGGCGACCCCAUGAGAGAGCACAUGACUGAGCCGUAGUAGGACCGCCGCCGGAGCUGACCAGGGUCACGACACCAGUGUAAAAACCAAGGAUCCGACCGAGUCAACCCAUCCAAACAUAAGCUUGACUUCAGCCAUCUGGACCUACCAGCAAACUGCCUGUGGGGCAAUGUGUUACGCACUGUGUUUUUUUUGUAUGAAACCACUAAACCCAAGUGAGGACAGUGGACGACGGUGCACGCCUGAGCUGCCACACCAAGAUGGGACUGAGCGACUGUCAAACUCCUGUGCAGAAGAUCCAAAAUCUCUCCCUGUUUCAGAUUUGAUUUUGCCUCCCGAUUGGGGGGGGCAAAAAAAAAAAAAAAAAAGUGACAUUUUUCUUUAUAUUGUUAUCAUUCCGUCUAUAUUAUGGAGGUUUCUUCUGACUUCUGGGAUGUGUUACCAGGAACUAAAGGCAGAACAGAACCUGAUCCCCGUCCUCCCUGGACCGUGUCAAGCCUAAUUUUCCUUUAGUUUUUUUUCUUUUUUUUUUCUUUUUUCUCCACACUUCUGCUCAAAUACAUGUUUUUGUUUUACUCCAUUCUGUAUGAUUAGUUUUCUGUGCUUCUGUUGAAAAUCGGUAUCUGUUUUUUCUGUCAUUCAGUCUGUGAAAAACUCGAGGGUUUACAGUCAUGUUUUAGCAGACAGGAAAGAUCAGGAUUUUCUUCCAUCUAAACUAUAAUUUUGCCUGUCUCAGUUCGUGAAGGGUCGUGCCCCCAGAAUGUAUAGACAAGUUAGGAGAAAGUAGAUGUGGAAUAACAUUUGGAUUUGUGAGGUAGGAAUGACCCUUUUAAACCAAAAAAAAAUUAAAUAAAAUGAAAGACAAACAAUCGGGAAAUAGCAUUAAAUUGAGAUGUAAUCUUUCAAGGUACCUUGGAUGUUUGCUUGUUAUGAACACAAUAUCGUCUGUUGGCAUCCAAAGGACCCGAUUUGCAUGGCAGCAACACAUUUGCGAGAUAUGAAUGCGUCGGGGUGAGGAGGGGGAAUCGAAAUGGGAAAUGUCUUAACUCAGGAAAAACAAAAACAUCAAAUCUGAACAGAACAAGAUGAAACUCUGGAUUACUGCUUUUCUUUCUCCAUUGUGGUAUUUUUUUUUAUAUAUAUAUAUAAAUCAAAUGUACAUUUUUUUUUCUUUUUUGAUGUUGGAAGGUUUUCACUCCUGUUAGAUUUGUAUUGCCUUGUUACGUGUUCAUAUAAAUGUAGCCUGACGUGGCCGACCUCGCCCUCGCUCGCUCCCUCUCAGAGUUCCUCCUUUGUUUUCCCCGCUGUGACGAGAGCCAGAUGGGGUUCCCGGAGGCUCUGUGAACAAGCAGCGGCCACAUCCAUCUAUCCAUCCAUCCAUCCAUCCAUCCAUCCAUCCAUCUCCUCAACACCAGGACUUUAGCAAGACAUGGCUGCUAGCAGAUUGUUUGGUUUUUAGUGUGAGUAUUUGUAUUUGUUUCUUGUAUAAGGUGAACAUAUAGCAUACAGUGCAGCUGGAACCAAUAAAUAAAACUUACUGUUCUGAUUUA